AUGGGGGAUUUUAAUUCUAUCAUGGAAAUGGAGGACAGAAUUGGCUCACCUGUGAGGUUUACUGAUAUCAAACCAAUGAGGAACUGCAUGGCAACCUGCAAGUUUACACAAGUCAAGACAGUUGGAAGACAAUUCACUUGGAAUAACAAGCAGGAAGGGGAGGCUAGGGUCUUCUCUAGAAUAGAUAGAGUGUUAUCCAACACUGCAUGGGAUGACAUGUUUACUAAUGCUGAAGCAAUGUAUCUGCCAGAAGGGACCUAUGAUCAUUGUCCUAUGAUCUUGAAUACUUUCACUACCAGUCAGUCAAAGAAACCUUUCAGGUUUUAUAACAUGUGGACCUCCUCUCCUUACUUUCUCCCAAUGGUGGAAAAGCACUGGCACAGGUUUGUCUAUGGUUGCCACAUGUUUAGGAUAACUCAGAAACUCAAAUGGAUCAAACAGGACCUAAGGGACCUGAAUAAAUCUGGUUAUAGUAAUAUUGAGGCAACCAAAACUCAUCUGCAACACCAGCUUGCUGAUAUUCAAAACAAGCUCCAUACAGACCCUACCAAUGUCACUCUAGCUACAGAAGAAAAAGCAAUUGCUGCUGCAUACAGAACAUCAAAUGAGAACCACCUUUCUUUCCUACACCAAAUUUCUAAAGCUCACUGGCUUCAACAAGGUGAUGAGAAUAGCAGAGCUUUUCACCAGAGUAUCAGACAGAGAAGAAAACACAACAACAUUCACUCUAUUUAG